AUGAGUUCCGAUGGCGAGGACUUUAUAUACGACGAUGAGGACGAAUUUGAUGACUUUGAAGACGAGCACAUGGACUCUGAGUCCGAGCCGGACGUGUUCGACGCCGUGAGCCCAACAGCUGAGGACGGACCAUCCCGGAAACCAUACGAUGUCGCGUACAAGGUUCUAUCGCCCAAGGAGCUCACCGAGAUGCAGAACAUUCAGGUCAAGAAGGUCCAGACGCUCCUUGAAGUGCCCGCUUCCUCAGCGGCCAUCCUCCUUAGGCACUACGCGUGGAACUCGGAGAAGUUACAGGAGGAGUUCUGGAGCGACCCCGCUGGGUCCUUUGCCGCGGCCGGACUCUCGCCACCUUCCUCCCCCUCCACCUCGACCGCUUCCCUUCCUAUGUCGUCACCGUUCAAGAGCCGCAACCCGUUCCGACCAAAGAACAAGAAGGCCGCGCCCUUUGACUGUCCCAUCUGCUGCAAUGACUACCCCACUGAGGAGUUUGACACGCAGACCUACUCGUUAGGCUGCAACCACCGCUUCUGCCGCGCCUGCUGGAAGGAGUACCUCACGGGCAAGAUCAAGACGGAGGGUGAGAGCGCUCGCGUGCAGUGCAUGGAGAGCGGGUGCAACCGCGUCGUGGUGCAGGAGGCUGUCGAAGAGCUGGUAGAGCCGGACGUCGCUGUGAGGUACCGUGACCUGCUGCAAGCAGCAUACGUUCAGGACUCGCCCAGCCUGCGCUGGUGUCCUCACCCCGGGUGCCAGUACGCCAUCGAGUGCUCGCAGGCGCCACCGCGGAUGCUCAACCAGAUCGUCCCCACUGUCACCUGCACAUGCGGGCACGAUCUGUGCUUCGGAUGCGGGUAUCCGGCCGACCACCGCCCGGUGCUGUGCAAGAUCGUCAAGGCUUGGGAGAAGAAGUGUGCCGACGACUCGGAGACCGCCAACUGGCUCAACGCGAACACCAAAGAGUGUCCGAAGUGCCAGUCGACGAUUGAGAAGAACGGCGGCUGCAACCACAUGACCUGCAAGAAGUGCCGUGGCGAGUUCUGCUGGGUGUGCAUGGGACCGUGGUCGGAGCACGGCACGAGCUGGUACCAGUGCAACCGUUUCGACGAAAAGUCUGGGUCGGAUGCACGCGACGCGCAGGCCAAGAGCCGGGCGAGCCUUGAGCGCUACCUCCACUUCUUUAACCGCUUCGCUAACCACGACCAGUCGGCCAAGCUCGAUGCCGACUUUUACAAGAACACGGAGAAGAAGAUGGAGAUCAUGCAGAACAACGGCAACCUGUCGUGGAUCGAGGUGCAAUUCGCCAAGGAGGCUGUCAAGACGGUCGUCAGGUCGCGCAUCCUCCUCAAAUGGUCGUACGGGAUGGCCUACUACCUCGUGCGUAACAACAUGACGGAACUGUUCGAGGACAACCAACGCGACCUCGAGCGUGCUGUCGAAACCCUCUCGGGCCUUCUUGAGAGCAACAUUGCCGAGCAGGACAUUGCCAAGAUCCGCUUUGAGAUCACCAACCAGGCGGCCUAUGUCCAGAAGCGCCACGACAUCUUGCUCGACGACACGCUCAAGGGAUACCUCGAGCACCGCUGGCUCUUCACGAUUGACAUCUAG